AUGGCUGAUGAAAGUGUGAGAGAAUCUAUUGAUUUUGAAAAGCAUUACACACUUAACGUUGGUUCGGCUAACGUAGAAGAGUUUAGUCGAAGUCUGAUUAUUACCAACAAAGGAAGUUUUAAAUGGUCUGGAGAAUUUGAAGCUUUACAAACGCUAUUUGAUGAUAUCCUGAAGAGCCAGACAAGUUGGUCAAAACCGGGUGGUAGCUGUAGAAAAUUGGAAGUUGCAGACCAGUUAAUAGUAAGAUGGUACUCUGAUAGUCAUUCACUUACACUUAACGGGAGUAAAGACGAAAAAAUUAAAACUUGUUUGCGAGAAUUAGCGAAGGAAGCAAUAGACCAUGACAUGAAUACAUCAGAUAGUAGCUUUGAAAAUCAAGAAGACUCUCCAUACCAAAUUAAGUUUGAUGGAGAGGACAAAUCAUUGGAAAGUCAAGCCGAUGUCUCAGCCAAAAUUACUGCAGACGAUCUGACAAUGAUCUUGGAAAAAAUCGAGAAAAUUGAGCAGAAACUAAAACGCAAAAUUGAUGAUAUAUCUCUCGAAGUAUGCAAAUUUCGGGAUGCCGACAGCUUUGCAUUAACAUUGUCACGAGAGCAUAUCUCUUUUAUUAAAGAUGAAAAUGUACAGCUAAAAGCGGAAAAUGUCUACUUAAAACAAGAACUGGAAAAUGCUACUCUUGUAAUGUCGGAUCUCAACGAGCAU